UUAACAUGGUUUUUCCUCAAACUACUAGACUUUCAUACAUAACACGAUGGAGUUGAAAUGAAUGAUUUGUUGUUUAUCUUUCUUUGGAUGUUUUUUACUUGCAGUAUGUCAGUCAGGUGUGCAAAGCUUCAGUGAGGCUAUUCUUUUAAGCUGGCUCACUAUGCAAUUUAAACUGGAAGUUAAAGUUAAUCAUCCAUACCAAUUUUAAAACUGAGUGCGUUUUAUCGAGAACGCGUGCAUGAACUCCCACACCUGCAUUCUCGUGUGCCGGUAUUGCGGAGUUUACAGCAGCUGCAUGAAGCUGUGAAGCGAAAGAGGAACGAGGGAACGUCGAAGCAGAGAGCUGCCGUUCUUUUGUUGAUUCGUAUCAUCAGGAAGUACCCCAGCUUCUAAGGAAGUCCUGAACACAGGAGAAUGGAGGCCGGUCCAUUCAGCCGCAAGCAGUGGGCAUCGCAGUCGCUCCGCAUCACCGCCAGGGAGCUGUCUCUGGUCAGCAGUCGUGGUCAGAGCAAUGCCAUCGCAGAGCGCUUCUCUAAAUACCAGAAAGCUGCAGAACAAACAAACUUGGAUAAGAGGAAAAUGAGUGGUGAAGCCUUGCCCCCCUCCUUCCGCUCUGGCAACUUAAGCGUACUAAAGAAGCGCUGGGAGCAGCCCUUGCUGAAGGAUAAGCCCGCGCCCCCCCCCACCGGUCUGCCCUGGACACGCCCCAGCCCCACGGCGACCUCCCGACCCCAAGCUGGUACCGAUCAUGGGCCGGUGCCAGAGCGUCGGCCAUCGGCGAAGCCCUCAGGCCCAGCAGCCUGCGGCGGGGACCAGCGAGACCCAGGGCCCAGCAAAACGGCACCGCAGCCGCCCACCCUCCAAAGGAGGCCGUCAAAGCAGGCUGCAGAUGUGGUCGGCGAGACCAAGGUCACCUCAACCCCCAGAACGCUGGUUCGGAAGCCCAGUGUGCCCAUGGAAGACCUGAAGAUGGUGUUCGAGCAAAGGCGCGGAGCGCGGACCGAACCGAGUACGGAGGCCGUGAGGAGGAUCAGCAGGAGUAGCAGCAGCACCUCCGAGGACGUGGAGCGGCUGGGAGCGGGACCGUGUAGCCCGGUGCGGAAGUUACCUAAAGCAGAGGAACGUUCCGGGGUCCAGGGCGUGUCGGUGUCCUCAGACGGGGACAGCAUGACCAAAUCCCAGGCAGCAGCAGCCCAGCAGGAAGCACUCACCCCUACAAGCAGUAGCCCGUCCUCUGAGCUCAUUUCUCGAGAGGAUCCCCCAUUCCAUAACGGCAUGGAAAUGGAAUCCCAGUCCAAGGCAGUACGGAAGUUCCGUUUGCCUGUAUCGGAGACUUGUGUGGCAUGUUCGAAGACCGUGUACCGCCUGGAACGCCUGGUGGCUAAUGAGCAGAUCUUCCAUAAAACCUGCUUUCGUUGCACACACUGCAGCACCAAGCUGAGUUUGGCAAACUACGCUUCCUUGCACGGCAAUAUCUACUGCAAGCCGCAUUUCAACCAGCUGUUCAAGGCCAAGGGCAAUUACGAUGAGGGAUUCGGCCACCGUCCACACAAGGAGCUGUGGGAGGGCCACCCUGAGGAUGAGGCUGAAGGCAGUGGGGAGCAGGAGAAGGAGCGGGGAGUGGAGCAUGGCAGUGACUCUCCAGUCAGCCAGCAGCAGAACCCACUAGUGGAAGACGCACCACUGGCUAAGGUCAAUGUCCUGGCGGCCACACUGGAAAUAAAGACACAUCCCACCACGCAAGAGGAGAAGCCAACCUUCGAGAAACCCGCAGAGACCAAAAGGCUCAAGAUCGCCUGGCCACCACCAUCGGAAGAGAUCCAGGUCUCGGGGAGCUCAAACUCCUCCUUAGAGGGUGGAAUGGCAAGGCCGUUCCGUGCCAAGUGGCCCCCAGAGGGUGAUGUUGCUCCUAUCACUCAGACCCCCGAACUGCUUGAACUCAACAGUCUGCGUCGGAGCACCUCCCUCAAAGAGCGCAGCCGUCCGUUCUCUGUGGCUGUCUGCAGAACCUCAUCGCCAGCUCCGGCUCCGGCUCCGGCUCCCAGGGAGCCCAGGCGUGUGUCAAGGGGCCUCCUGGAGAGGAGCGCCUCGCUGAGGCAAGACAGCACCCCUGCGAGGCUCCAAGUCUGGCAACCGAAGACGGAGAAGCCCAAGGAGGAACACGACCAUGUCAAUGGAGGAGGCUGCGUGGAGGAGGAGAAGAGAGCAGCAGAGCAGAAGGGAAAACGCAUCCCCCAGGCAUUGGAUGGAGAACCCCAGAAACGGGAACCGCAGAAGGAGAAGGAGCUAGAGAAGGCGGCUCCUGAGAAGCAGUUGAAUUACAAAAAGAACUCUGAUGUCCAGGAGUGUCCGUCUCCCCCCUCAGAGAGCCAGCGCAGUCACACCUCCCAGGACGUUGGCUUCUGGGAUGGAGAGGAGGUGGAGGAGAACACGGAGGUGUCUGUGGAGGAGCAUAUCAAGAGGAACCGUCACUAUGAUGAUGAUGAUGAUGAUGAUGAAGAUGAAGAAAAUCUGGUCUGAAGAUGCGGUGAGGGGAUAAGAUUCCAGUAUUCAAGUAGAAUGACUGCGAAAUAAUUUUCAGUGAAAUCAUUCUCUUUUUAACUUGCGCUGUUUGUUCAGAUUUCUUGUGGGUAAUUUGAAGCGGCAAAUUUGACUCCUACACAACUGGGACCAGCUGACAGCUUAUUUGUGUUGCUUCCUUCUUCAUGUCUGUCUUGAAGAGAUUUGGCCUGUUUAUUUUUUUUUGAAUGACCUGUGUGGUUACAACCCUUUAAAAAAAUAAAUAGCUGACCUUCAAAAAAAAAAAAUCAGAUUAAAAUGUUUAUAUGAUUUCUCACAUUUAAGAAGCAAUUUACAAGUAAAUUAUUUUUUAUUUCUUUGGUUUGGUUGUUUUGUGUAUCUUAAAUGAAGCACAGAUUUGAACUGUGGGUUUUAUACAAUGGGAGAAGCAAUCAAGUUGAUGAAACACUUUAUAAUACAGGGACCUGAACUAGAAACUAUGCAUUUUUAAUAAACGUUUUGUUUGCACAAGUUUGAGCUUUAGCUUGUAACAGCUUCACCCUCUCAGUAAAUGUCUAUAUAAUGUAUACACAGAUGGAAAAUGCUGGAUAAUUUUGUAUUUUUAGAGAAAUUGCUGUUUUUUUUCUCUAAGAAAUUCAUAUUUCAUCUUUUUUAGCAGAAAUAAAGGGUAUAUCGAUUCUACAUUAACCUCCAGUUCUAAUCUGUCAUAAACUGAAAUCUCAAGGUAAACUUGGCAAUUUGAUAAUUACGUUUCAUAAGAAGAGCAGUCAUGUAUGAAAUCCUUACACAGGAAGAAUUCUCACUGUUCAGUGUGUGUGAGAAGUCAGACGUCCAGACCAGGCUUAGAAGCCUCAGUACACCUUGGCUUACUGGUGUCAUGUGACUGUCCCUAGAGUUAGUGUGGCACAUCCCCCCCCCAAUCCUUUAUCCUGGUCCGGAUCAAAGGGAGCCUGGAUACGACCACAACCGCACAGAGCACACGCCCAGGAUGGCAUGCAGAGGGACCACAGGGUGCUCACAAGCCCUCCGACACAAUCAUACUGUGUGUGACACAGCCUGAGCCUAACAGCAAGUCCUCGGGACUGCAGGAGGAAACCGCGUCAGCACAAUGCAGUCAGUACCAAGCUGCAUUUAACUGGCUUGAGAUCCAAAAGACCCUUCAUUGGACUUUCAGCAAGCAUCCCUCCGCUUCAACACACUGAACUAAGGGUUAGCGAAGGAUAAGGAGGUAAGGAUGCAAAUUCUGGGAAUUUUCAGGGAAGGAAACUUUCCAUGGAGAUGUAUGGGCUUUAUUUGGAAAUGUGUAUUUUCCUGUGUGUGUGCAGCUAUAAAAUGUACAAAAAUAAACAUACAAUUAAAAGGGAUUUUGAAGACA